AUGAUAAGGCAGCCGUUUCGACGCUUACCCGUAUCUCGAUGCCUGACCCUUGGCCGAGUCGGUUGCGCUCCUGUCUGCAUCAGCGAGAUAUUCUUUCUCGUGAACGGGUACACUGCGUCAGUGGUUGUCAGAACCAGACCUCCAAGGACCCCUUUCGCACUCCGUGAGUCCAUCAAUUUGUGGCAGCCAUAUGCGGUCACCCGUUCAGCUUCACGGAUGCGCGCCCUGGCUGGGGCUGUGGUUGGUUCCAAGGAACAUGAACAGGCUCUCGUUUGCGCCGCACGGCAUCCAGAAGUUUCGAAACGAACAGGGCAGCCUUGGACCUAUGAUAGCCGCUUUCUCCUCCAUUGCUUGGUUGGAGAAACAUCGGAUAUUGCCACGUUUACACGCGUAGGAGGAGGUGAGAAAACGUGGAAAAGGAGUCACUUGAACCAUCGGAGGGAGAAGCCCAGCUACCUGGUGCAACCAACAACAAGACAUACCCACCCACACACCGGACCCUUGUAA